AUGGCGGGCUCGAGUAUAACAAAACCAUACACAUACAAUAAACGAUCAUCUCAUAGAGUUUCCAGAGCCUGUAACUCAUGCAGAAAAAGAAAAGUUAAGUGCAAUGGUGUCCAGCCUUGCUCUAAAUGUAUCACUUCUAAUUUGAGGUGUCAUUAUGAUGGAAUACAGGUAGAUAUGGUUAAAAAUAACCUUUAUAAGGAUGAAGAAGAUGUACGAAAAUGUUUAAGGCCCUUAGUUCAAUCGAUCAAGAAUUUAGAGAAACUGUCGUUUGCAAACCCAGCUAAAGUCAACUCCCUAAUACAGACACUUAGUACGUCCAUUGAAGAUUUGAAACAUGAUUUGAGAUUAUCUUUAAAAGAAGAAAGCGUCUCCAACCUACAGAGUGAAUUAUCUCUUGAGACGCAUUUGAUUGAUGGAGACUAUGUUUUAUUUAAUAGUUUUGCUGCUUUUCCAAUAAACUCAAGUAACACCAAGCAUACAUCGCUUUCAUUUUGGGGCCUUUACUCUCCCAUUAUGUUAUUGUCAGAUCAAGGAUUUAGAUGGCUAUUUAAAAGACUUCUUAUCUCUCCCAAUGUUGACGAUAUUGACGUUAAAAGGACAAUAUAUUUGUACCUCAAAUUUAUGGACUAUGCAACAUCCAUGUAUUUAGAGGCAACCGAGUAUUCUAAAAGCCCUUUAUUGUGGUAUCGAAAAAGCUUCGAUGUUGGCAGUACAACAACAGAUGUCGACUUAAUCAAAAUUAUAUUGCUCGACAUCUGCAAAAGUACUAGUUACGGUGCAGUUGGCAUAGAAAUCAAGAAACCAGAUAUGGUUAUGAAAAGCAUAAAUAGUCUAUACAAGCAUCUGGAUAAAAUGCCUGGCGUUUCAACAAGCCCAUCUAAACGAUUUCAAUUAGAGCCAUUAUUGUUCAUGUUAUUUUUAGAAGUACUUCAGAAGCCCUCUUACAGUGGGAUUUAUACCGUCGAAAUGCUUUCUCCUCAAUUGGAUUUUCUAGAAUUUUACUUUUGGUCGGCAGAAACCACUGCUCUAAAUAGAUUAAUAGGACCGAUUGUGAGAUUAGGAAUUGAUUUAGGCUUCAAUCGUUGGGAGUUUUAUCUCAAUCUCGAUGAAAAUGAAGCAAAUGAACGAAGAAAAAUGUGGUGGAAAUGCUAUUGGUGGGACAAAUACGGUUCUUUGUUAACAGGAAAGCAGUUCCAGAUUAUGGAAGAGCAGAUGGCAUGUUUACUUCCUAAAGAAUGGAUUGAACUUGGCGUUAAUGAAAAGAUGGACCCUUCUACAUUUAUGAGAUGCGUUAAUUUUGAGAAUUGUAGCAAUGAAGUUGCAGCAGAGAUAGGUCAUUACUUACUAGCCAAAAUUAUUCAACAGGUUUAUGUCAAGAUUAUGUAUAAUGCUCAGCUUUGCGAUUACAGAAUUUUUUCAAAGGAAUGCAGUGAAAUGGAGUCCACAGUCGAAAUUUUAUUUGAGGAAUGCGCCGAUAUAUGUCAACUGCUUGAUUCAAUGGAAGAACUCUUUUCUCAGCCUUUCUCUGCCUCUAAAAAUAUUGAAGACUAUGAAUUCUAUUUAACAUACGCCAACUCUAAGAUUUUGAUUCUUACAUACAUGGAAAAUGUGUGUGUAAGACUUUCAAGUGCAUCGAAUCCAUCAAAAAAAGGUGAUAUUGCUGCCUAUGUUGCAGAAUUGCAAGAAAAACGACUGGAUACUGCUGUUCGAGCUGUGCAGAGAAGUUUCUCCCAUGAGAGCCCUAAUACCUAUAAAUUUCUUCAAGUACACCUCAUGUUACUAAUACAGAUAAACAUCUACUGUAUUAAUAAUAUGGAAAAGGUUGGCGUAGAAAAUUAUCUCUUUUUAGCUUGUGAUAUUGCUUCCAUGUAUGCAGAUUACUUGCGCACAAUACAAAAGCCAGAAAAUGUUAAAUACAAGCAUUUUAUGAAGAGUAUUGAAAAUUGUAUUUAUUUCAUAUUUAUUUUGACUCGUGUUUCUUUUCAGAUACUUCAAAAAUCGCGAUCUAUAUCAGAAGUGCAGGUAAUUAAAAUGGCCCAAGAAUAUAGUACUUCAACAGGUCAUUUAUGUAAAGAGCUUUUGGAUGUUUCAUCACCUUGUUUUGCCGAGCUGCUGGCCUGUCCCUUUAUAAGUUCAUGGCACAAACAAGUAAAAGAUAUGGUACGAGAAGUUGGAGGUUCCACUUUUUUCGAAAAGUUGGAAACAACUGGAUAUGAAAGGAAAGAAAGAGUUAUUAUGCCUGAAAAAAACUCAAAAAUACAUAAUACUCUCAUAGAAGGAUUUGAGCCAUUCGAAAAUCUUGAGGAAUUUUUACGUCUAGAUAUAUUUCCAGACCUUUAUUCCAAUUUUUUCGGAACUGAUGAUUUCCAUAUAUAG